GUCCCAAUAGUUUCUCGCUGCGUGUGCUUCCUGGUCAACAUGUAUAGAGGUUUGAAGCACGUUGUUUAGAUGUUGAUGCACUGGCUACUUGCUUAAUGGUGCGCUAUAUUGAGAAAAAAGUCUUUACGGAGAACGACCUAGCUAACAAAUGCAAUAAUACUGCAACGGACCUAAACGAGAAUGUAACGACUGGCUUGUGUCUCUGCUUUUAAGGUAUCCUUAUCGCACAUAAUUUGUUUUGCACGCUACACGUGAAUGCGUGGAAGUGUGUGUUAAACUGAAGUCGAGAUAUUAUGUAAACAAAAAAUAACUACAUGACAAAUAAACAAAUGACACUACCUGUAAACAGACAGUGGACUUGACCGCUUGCCUGCAUGUCUGCAAGAAGGCUACUUUAUUGUGCGAAAUGUAUCACGAAACGGUCACUGGUUUAGACGAGCCGCCGCUGAAUGGGAAGCAUCCUGACACGUAUUUCGGCGAUGCUGGUCGUGGGGAAAAUUCAAGAGCACAAGAAAUCAUUUACAAUUCCGCCAGUACCUCGUUUCCCACGUGGGAACCAUCAUCAGAUCGCGAUUCGGUGGACAGCCUGUUUCUGACUCAGCAUGAGGCGCAGCCAGUGAGAACCGUGAGAAGACAGAGACCAGAGGGGGACGCUCCGAAUCUGCUUGCUGCUGGAGAACCCCUCUGGGAAAAUGAGGAGUCCAGCAGCCCCCACGGACCGAGGGAGGCACCGUCAAAACCAAGGAAGAGCCACAAGGCCAGCCAAAGGAGACGGAGUGUGCAUAGCUACAAACGAUUGAACCAACGCAAGACUUUGACCUGUGAACUUGCAGCACUUGGUGGCUUUUUCAAACGCGUAAUGGAGAUGAAGGUGUCUAAGCGUCGAAAAAAACGAUACUACAAGGACACUAAGAGAUGCAUGUCCCCAUUACCUGAUCCAGAUGAAGGAGAGGACAAUGAAGGCAUAAAAAUUGUGGACCUGAGAGAUUUUAUUCCGAAAUAUAAGAUAGCACGGAAGGGAUAUCUCCCAUGGCUUGACAGAAAUGAUCCAGUGGAUACUGUGGCUGAGAAAACUAAAGACGUGUCCGUAACGCCGAGCAUUUCAGACUCUGGCAGUGGAUCGUUGGCAUCCGACAGCGAAGCUGGCAUCGGGGAGAGUGAACGUUCCGAGAGCGAGGCCGAAUGCCAGCCUGUCCCGUACCCCAGCUCUGGAAGGGUCUCCAGUUGUAUGGCAGAAGCUCUAGGCAGUCGCUUUAGGCGGGGUGAGAUGCAACCCAUGGCUAGGAGAGCAUCAAAGCCAGAUUCUGAAAUGGCCACUGGAGUAGAGAAGCUGAGGACAACGAGGAAAGACGCGGUAAGACAGCAGCGUGCAGCUGCGGAGAGGCCGCACGCGACCUUGAGCCAAGAUGGGGUCAGUGAAGAGGAGGCUAGAACUGAACAUCUGCCAGUGCGGGACUUUCCAGUGACGUGGCUGUUGGCUCCAGGAGAUCUGGGAAAUUCACAAGGUGGGAAAACAAGAGAAGAAGAAGAAGAAGAAGUAGAAGGAGAAGAAGGGAGUCUGUGGGAAUCAAAAUCACAAGGGGACAGAGAAUUGGAAGGGGAAAAUAAAGGACAAGAGAGUGCUAUAGAGAGCAGUGCGGGUAGAAAAAACAAGAUUUUACCUGUGCCUGUGAGGAAAGACGAGAAAAGGGGCACGUGGACGGACGAAGAAUCUAAUGUAGGCUUGCAGGGUAGUGUUCGAGAAGAGAGAGUAACUGUACCAGACUUAGUCCAGGUCGAGACUGAGGAUAUAGCGAUGGAGACAGUUGAAGGUAUAACACCGAGUGUAACGGAAGGUCAGCCAGCUGAACUCCUGAGGGGUGACGAACAAAGCAAAAGAAAAGAGGUGGACGAUGAAGAAUCUGUAGACCUGCCACCGGACAGUGUGCCUGAAGAGGGAGGAACUGCUGGGGGUGCAGCUGAGCCUGACCCCCACCCCCAGCCUCCCAGGGACUGGCAGCGCCAAAUCCAGGACAAGGAAUACUGUUCCAGGGUUGGUGAGGGAGAGCAUUCCAUCUUGAACUUCAGUGUUCCUGAACCUGUAGGUGACUCUGCUUCCGUGGAUGCCAUCUGUGAAGAAGGGAUAAGGAAGAAGAAGAAAAAGAAAAGAAAGAAGGACAAGAGUGGGAAUGUGGAGGAGUACAUCAGUGAACCACCAUGUGAAACUCUCAGUGAUGCUCUUCACCUGACACCUGAAAAGGAGAAAAGUUCUGGAGCUAGUGUAGGUGAAAGUUCUCACUUGAUCUGUAUUGUUCCAGAAGCUGUUGGUGACUCCAGGGAUGUCAUCUGUGAAGAAGGUUUAAGGAAGAAGAAAAAGAAAAGAAAGAAGGACAGUGAUAUGAAUGCAGAAGAGCAUGAAAGUGAACCACCAUGUGACAGCCUUUGCUUGACAGAUGACAAACAGAAAAAUUCUGAAGCUGGUGUAGGUGAACACUCCUUGAUCUCCAGUGUUCCAGAAGGUGUAAGCAGCUCUACUUCUUGUGAUGUCAUCUGUGAAGAAGGGAUAAGGAAGAAGAAAAAGAAAAGAAAGAAGGACAAUGAUAGGAAUGCAGAAGAGCAUGAAAGCGAACCACCAUGUGACAGCCUUUGGUUGACAGAUGACAAACAGAAAAAUUCUGAUGCUGGUGUAGGUGAACAAUCCUUCUUGAUUUCCAGUGUUCCAGAAGGUGUAAGCAGCUCUACUUCUGGUGAUGUCAUCUGUGAAGAAGGGAUAAGGAAGAAUAAAAAGAAAAGAAAGAAGGACAAGAGUGUGAAUGUGGAGGAGUACAUCAAUGAACCACCAUGUGAAACUCUCAGUGAUAGUCUUCACCUGACACCUGAAAAGGAGAAAAGUUCUGAAGCUGGUGUAGGUGAACACUCCUUCUUGAUCUCCAGUGUUCCAGAAGGUGUAAGCAGCUCUACUUCUUGUGAUGUCAUCUGUGAAGAAGGGAUAAGGAAGAAGAAAAAGAAAAGAAAGAAGGACAAUGAUGGGAAUGUGGAAGAGCAUGGAAGUGAACCACUAUCUCACACACUGAAGGAUAGUCAGGCUAAGACUCGGGAUAAAGACAGAAGCUCCACAGCAGGCGAAAUGGAGCACUCUCACUCUAAAUCCAGCAAUCCAGAAUGUGUUGAUGACUCCGCCUUUAGUCAUGUCAUCUGUGAAGAAGGGAUCAGGAAGAAGAAAAAGAAAAGAAAGAGGGACAACUGUGAGAAUAUGGAGGAACAAGUUGGCAAGCCACUACCUCAUAUGCCCAAGGACAAGGAUUUGUACCAGACUAAGUACAAAGAGAAAAGUACUGGCGCAACUGAGUGCUAUCAGUUGCAAUCUAAAAUUUCUGAACCUGUAAAUAGUUCUGCAUCUUGUGAGGUGGUCUGUGAAGAAAGGACGAGAAAGAAGAAGAUAAAGAAAAGAAAAGGGGGUCAUGGUAUGAAUGUUUGUGAGCAAGUCAGCUAACCUGUAUCUCACACACUGACAGAUAGUGGGCACAGGACAAAGGAUAAAGAGAGAAAUUUCAGAGCGGGUGAAGCAGAGCUCUCCUCCUCAAAUUCCAGCAUUCCUGACCAUGGUAGUGACUCUGCCUCUGGUGAUGUCUGUCAGAAAGGGUUGAAGAAGAAGAAAAGCAAGAGGGACAGCAGUGGGAAUGUGGAGGAGGAUAUUAGUGGAACACCAUCUCACAUACCCAAGGACAGUCUCCACCAGACCCAGUAUAAACAUAUAAAGCUAGUCAAUAAACUUUUGCUGUGUGGUGGGAUUUCUGCCAUUCAACAGGUCAUAGACAACAGGCAGUAUGGAUGCAGUACUGAGGCUUCUCUGGAGGCUAUGGAGGCCAGUCUUACAUCUCAGUCUAAUGAAGGGGCAGAACUGAAGAAGAAGAAUAAGAAGUAGAAAAAGCAUAUGCUGACAGAAAAAGAGUGAAGCAAGCAGUUUUUUUUUUUUGACUGACUCCAGUGAGCUGGAACGUUCUGCUGGACCCUAUUGAAGGGUAUGGUGCCAGGAAUUAACUUCAAGAGGCUUUGGCAAUGAGUACCACUAUGUGCCGAGGAGAUCUACACAGGGGCACGAAGACUCUCGCCCACUUGCAAAAAUGGCCAAAUGGGAGAUCACCUAUUUACAGGGUUCUAAGGUUUCACUAGGUUUUCCAUUGGUAAAGGUUAAACAUUGCAGAAAGCAUGACGGAGAAAGCAACGGAAAAGUCAAUGGUCACAAGUGCACCCACACCUGGGCCUCCAGUAAAUGAGUCUUCAUGAGAGGAGGAAAUGAUUGACAGUUGCCAUGAGCAGUGGAAGGAGAUGUAAUAGAGGAGGACAGUAUGGUCCGGCGCAUAAAAACAGACGUUGCUUCUGCUUCUAAGAAAGCAGUCCAUCAAAUAACGCCAUACUUGGGCACCAAUUUUCUGUGUUGUUCAGAGGGAAGACUGCCCCAUAGGGACCAUACAUUUCCAGAAUUUUUCAGGAGCUAUUUGGAUGAGACUGAAAGUUUCUAUAACUGUGUCAUUACUCCUUGAGUACAAACUAAACAGUGUUUUAUCAUGUGUAUAUGUAACUGGUAUUUUUCAUAUGUUUAAAAUGGGUUUUUACAACUGUAAAGGUACUGCACCUUGUUUGCAUGCAUAUAGAUUAAAAUCUGUAAUGCAGCUGACGUAUUUUAAAAAAACUUCUAAAAAAGCAUUGUUAAGAAUCUACAGUAUGCACCAUUUCACUAAUUUCUGUAUAUAAUUGGUGAAGUGGUGCAUUUUGCAGAUUAUUAAUAGUUUUUUAGAAGAGCAUAGAUAAAUAACCAAUGUCAGGCAUCACUACAAACUUUCACCGCCUGCUUGGAUGCUGGUGCUUUUAUUACCAUCUAAUAAUGUAUUUCAGAUGAAUUUGAAAUUAUUAUUUAUGAUGCUCAGAGUCAUAUUUUCCCUUUAUUGCAGUUUAAGAUUGUGUACAUUGACAUAGUAAAUUACACGCAGCAUUUAAAGGAAAACUGCAUUUGUAUGAUUUUUUGGGCGCCGUCAAGGGCCCCCUGGAGUUAUAUGCGCAGCUUCUGUCAACAAGCCUUGACAUGCGAGCCAAAUUUACUUCCGGUCGACCAAAGUUUCUCUGCUGUAAGAAAUGGAUGACGAAAAAAAUGCUGACAAGAACAGGUCGUAUUCCGACCCUUCUGGUUUGGAAGACGAAAAACAGGUGUUGACCAGAGACCUCUUUAACAGCAUUGUCUAUGAAGCUAUUAUAUCCAGAAAUUUGUACUUUCAUAUUCGAAGACGGGAUUUAUUAUGGAAAACGUCUAUCAUAUGAACUUUAGACUGAUUGUGUUUUUUUAUAGUCAAAUAAAUAACUUCAUGGCUUCCCGUGCCAAAUAUAAGCCGUACACACCAGUUUAUAACUGUAAAUAUCUUAAGGUAGACAUUAUUCCUUAAAUUGCAAUGAAAGAGAAAGCUAAUAUUUGUUUUUGUCCAUCUGCACACCUCACUUCGUUAAAAGUUACGGUGAGAAAUUUCAGACACUUCUUUGGAAAAUAAAUAAAAAAAUAAGUAGAUUUCUUCACUGCGCACCAGUGUUCCGUGAAUUCAAUUGCAACGUAAGCCGAUUGUGCAUUUAGCCAUAGUGUUUAGACAUUUAACUGGUGGUAACAAAUACAAAAAUAAACUACAAUGUAAAAUGAGAAGUAGGAGGGCCAUUUGACCCAACCCACUGGAGUAAUGUCUAACACGGUUUAUAUACUCAAGACAUCGUGAGAGCUCGACAUUUAAACGUUAGGCAACUAUUAUGUAAGUCUGCUCAAACUGCAGUGACCGAAGGACGCGUCAGCGGCAACUGCUCUGUUAACUUUCUCGUACUUAAAGCGAAGGUUGUUCUGACUAUUUUUUAUUUUUUAGCUAACAUUUAUUCGGUUGUCAUCGCAAUGACUUCAUGUCACAGUGUUGUUAAUCUGCCUGAGGUUAGAAAAGUGGCUAUCUUUGGAGGUACACACGGAAACGAAAUGUCAGGCGUGACGCUAGUUAAUUUGUGGAUAAACAACGGAGCGGAGAUCCAGAGGAGCGGACUGACGAUAGAGCCCUUUAUAACUAACCCCCGGGCUGUGGAGAAAUGCACUAGAUAUGUCGACACCGAUUUGAACAGAGCCUUCACACAAGAUAACCUAAGUGUGCCAAGAACUCAAGACCUACCAUAUGAAGUGAAGAGAGCUCAAGAAAUCAAUCAGAUGUUUGGACCCAAAGGCAGUCCAGAUGCCUAUGAUGUCAUUUUUGAUCUGCACAACACAACCUCCAAUAUGGGCUGUACGAUUAUUCUGGAGAACUCAAAGGACCACUUUAAUCUUCAAAUGGUGAACUUCAUCAAGAGCGCCAUUGCUCCAGCCAGCUGCCCGGUGCUGCUGACUGAGCACCCGCUACUUCAGUACUCCACGACGCGAUCCGUUGCCAAGCACCCCGUCGGUGUUGAGGUCGGUCCCCAGCCUCAGGGAGUUCUACGGAGCAAUAUCUUUGAAUCCAUGAGAGCCAUCGUGAAACAUGCAUUGGACUUUAUUGAGCUUUUUAAUGGAGGUAUGGAGUUCCCACCCUGCACUGUAGAUGUAUACAGAGUUUCAGAAAGAAUGGAUUACCCAAGGGACAAAAAUGGAAACAUUACUGCCAUGGUCCAUCCUAAUUUACAGGACUGUGACUGGGAGCCGCUAAACCCGGGCGACCCGAUGUUCCAAGCGUUUGAUGGGAGAACGAUCAAAUACGAGGGUGACAGCACGGUCUUUCCUGCCUUUAUAAACGAGGCGGCCUACUAUGAGAAGCACCAGGCUUUUACCAUGACCAGGAGAGAAACAUUAACAGCGAAUGGUAUCAAAGCCUCCAAAAUGUAGAUCCAGUGAUGAGUGUAAUUACAGGAGGUUUGGUGGUGAAAUAGUCUGCGCAUUUUUUUGUGAUCAGAUGCAGCUUUGACAGCUGAUUUUAAAUGUAAAACGUUCCUGAAAUUUAUGAAGAUUUAAGUUUUUGACAUUUUUAUUGAUAUUUUGCCAUAACGUAUAACUAUGCAAUAUUUUAUGCAAUAAAUUACAACAAAAAAAUAUUAGCCAUUUUAGAAAUGUUUUGUGAAAAUCUUGUGGUUACAUUUAAGGUCAGAACUGUAAUUGUGAUUGAAAAUGCCUAUUCAUUAGCAGAAUAUUUUCUCCAAACUAAAUUACUGUAUAUAACCUGAAUGUCCCAGCAAGACUCUGUGAGAUACUAGGCUCUACUUUUUCUGCUCAGUUUAGUGUACAAGAAUAUUUAAGAAGACUCAGGAAAUCGUGUGGUCAGUAUUCCUUACAUUAAAAUUUAAAUAUUAACUCCAAUACCAGCUUAUCCUUAUGUCUGUACCUCCUCCAAACACUGAUGAAUCUGGACUCUAUUGCUAUGGCUUGCCUUAUAAAGUUAUUGCCAUGUUUUGUUAGGGAUAAAGGUUGUUGGCAGUUUUAGCGGAGUAAUUUCCAUUAAACUGCAGUACUGUCUGGAAGUUUGCAACAAAGAAAAAAGUACAGCCUUUAAGCCUUAAACUUCCUGUUGUAUGAGUGUGCCAAAUGCAGUAUUUUAUUCUACCUACUGUUUUACAGGGUUUGAGUGCACCCUCACUUCUGUGAUUCAAACAUUACCUCUUGUUGAACUUAUUGACAGUCAGACAGAUAUACAGAUGGCUAAACAUUCACAUAAAAAGCCAAAUGCAGUAGUAUGUGUGAGGGUAAGUAGUCACUGUUUUUACAGAAUUGUUCAUAUUUUUUGAAAAGGGCUAAAUUGUGUGUAGUCUGCAACACUACCCUUUCUUACGUUCAGUAACCUUAAUCAUAAAAUGAUCUUGUAGAAGAGGGUACAGUAAAGUCUAAAUUUGAAUGUGUAUAUUUUUGAGAACAUUAUUCUUGGUGAACUUACAUUUCAGUUUUUUGUACAUUACAAAUUUAUAUUUGUAACACACAGAAGUAGGUUUCUACACAUAAUCUGAGCAUUCGCGUUGAAUUUUUAAUUAUGCAUAUCUAUUUAUGUAAGCAAGUUGUGCAGUGCAAUUGUUUUCAUGUCUAAACUGGUAUUUCAGCUUUCAUUUAAAUAAUUCUGAAAUUAUUUAUUAAAUAGUUAAAGUUCUCUGGUCGUUUGUGUUAGAUGACUGAUUUCGUUCUUUGUGUUAUUUUCUGAGAGUCUUCCUUAUGUAUGACACAUUCCAUUUUUAGUAUAUAUGUAAUGUAAUAUGUAAUGUUUUAUUUAAUAUGUUGUGGAUAUUUGUUGCAUUGUUUAAAAGCAAAACUAAUUAUUCUCUAAUUUAUGAACAAUACAUGUAAUUGCCUUGCUGAUAUAGUAAUUCUAAGUAGUUAUCAAAGUAUUUCUGAUUACUGUAUUUAUUAGCAUGAAAUUGGAUUUAUUAAAAUAUGCCAUUACAAAUCUACUUGAAUUGCUUGACUUAAUCAUAUUUAGCAUGGGAGCACAAACAGUCAGUGUCUUCCAUGUCAAAGUGAUCCAGGAGUAUUAGCCGCAUCAUUUUCUAUCAGUGGGUCCACGUUUUGAUUUGGUCUGCGGGGAGCACUGUCAUCUAUCAUGUCUUCCAGCAUUUCAGUGUCCUGCAGUUCAGUUGGAAUUAUUGCCGAGCACACCUUUCUUGACCUUUCAUUUAUGAUGGAAAUUGUUUUUUAUUAGCAGAAUUAGACGAAAGAUGGCCAGACUCAUAAUUUCUGUUCGCUAAGUUUUGUUGUAAAGGAUCCCAUUUCUGUUUCCCAUGUGAUAUUUUUAAAUAUGUCAGUUGCGGAAUACCUGUAAUAUUCUAAUGUCAAUAAACUAAACUGUGAAGCA